AUGGGUAGUGUCACACUGAACAUAUUCACUAUUGUUUUUAGUGUGGAGUUCAUAAUAGGAAAUUUAGGAAAUGGAUUCAUAGUCCUGGUGAACUCGCUAGACCUGAUCAACAGGAAGAAGACCUCUGUGGCUGAUCGCCUGCUCACUGCUCUGGCAGUCUCCAGGAUUGGUCUGCUCUGGUUAUUAUUUGCAUAUUGGUGGAGGUAUAUGUUUUAUUCAACUUUCUGGAUACAAGUAACAAUGAUAAGAAUAAUAUACAUUAUUUGGAUUGUGUCUUGUCAUUUUAGCAUGUGGCUUGCCACAUGCCUCAGCAUCUUUUAUUGUCUCAAGAUAGCUAUUUUUUCCAACUCUAUUUUUCUUUAUUUUAAGUGGAGAGUUAAAAAGGUCAUUUCUGUGAUGUUGCUGGUGUCUCUCGUACUCUUGCUUUUACAACUUUUGCUGACAAAUUCUUAUUUAGAUGUUGUUAUUGCUGAGUAUAAAGGAAACAUAUCUGACAUCUUCAAUUUACAUAAAUGUGUUGAGGUUUUCAGACCUCUUUUACUCUGCAAUGCUGCAUUCACAUUCAUAGCCUUUGCUCUAUCCCUGUCAAUUUUUCUCCUACUCAUCUUCUCCCUGUGGAAACAUCUGAAAAAAAUGCAUCACAAUGUUAAAGUGUCCAGAGAUGUAAGCACCACAGCUCACAUAAAGGCCUUGCAAGGUGUGGUUGCCUUUCUCAUACUGUACACAAUUUUUUUUCUGUCAAUUUUUUUACAACUUUGGAGAUUUAAGUUUUCAAACAGUCUCUAUUUUUACUUUUGUGAGAUUGGUGAAAUUUCUUUUCCUGCAUUCCACUCAUUUGUCCUAAUCCUGGGAAAUAGUAAACUGAAACAGGCCUAUCUUUCAUUGCUGAUGUGGCUGAAGCAUUGGUCCGAAGAUAUUGAACCUUCAGGUGCAUAG